GCUGAGUUCAAAAGUCAAGUAUUUACAUGACGGAGACAAAGUGGCAUGAACAGAUGAGCUACAACAGAUGAUCUGAGCCAAGAAAGGAACCAGAGGAGAAAUAUGAUCACAAUCACCGAGUUUCAAAAAAUUGGUGUGGGUCUGUCUGGAUUUGGUGUGUUCUUUGUGCUGUUUGGAGUGCUUCUGUACUUUGACUCUGUCUUGCUGGCAUUUGGUAAUAUUUUGUUCCUGUCAGGCCUGGCCUUUAUCAUAGGCUUAAAGAGGACGACCCACUUCUUCUUCCAGAGACAGAAGCUCAGAGGCUCCACCUUUUUUCUAGGGGGUGUGGCUUUAGUGCUACUAAAAUGGCCUCGAAUUGGCAUGCUGGUAGAGAGCUAUGGCUUUGUGCUUCUAUUUAAGUCAUUCUUCCCAAUGGCUUGUGGGUUUUUUGGAUCAGUCUUGAACAUACCCUUUUUAACUACGAUGUUUAACAAGUUAUCUGGAAGCAGUUCUUCAAUGGUGUAAACUCGGCCAUCAAGAAAUGCUAGAGAUGUGUGAGGAAAACAAAAAGGUUUACUAAAGGACUGCUUAUGUCACUGUAAUGCACUGUUAAACAUAUCGUUUUCUUUUUUAUUGUUUGGAGUUUUUUUAUAAGGUGUAUUUUAUUUUAAAUGUCUCUACAGUGUGUUGUUUUAGUUGUCGUUGUUUUAAAGUACACUAAAUAUAAAUGUUUAUUCAUAGUAUACCGUUUACUGCAUCACCAACUCAAAUGCAUUUGCAUGGCGUGACAUUUCGGUAAACGUGAUUUCACCAAGUAAGAUGUGAUCCUGGAUCAACACCAUUGUUGGUCCUGGAUCAACAUUUUCAUUAACCAAUUAGAUUGCAGGAUUAAGAUUAGUGUGCAUGUUAGAUUUAGGUUUAGGAUUGGUUAGGGGCUUUUAAGAAAUACUCCUCAAACUAUUAUUUCACACUAAUUUGAGGGUUUAAAAUGGUUACGGUUUGAGUUAAGGGUAGGUUGGGGUAUCUUUGAUUAAAACGUUGAUCCAGGAUAAACAAAAAAUGUGAAAUCAUUUCCUAAUCUGAAAUGCCACUCACUCCAACACAUGGAGAUCUACUGACGCCACCAUGUGGCAGGUCAUUGCCAGCGCAAGAUAAUUUGAUCCAUUUUAAUAUUUAUUUUAGUGUGCGCAAAAUAAACAUUAAAUUUAAUUUAAAGUGGUGCUAAAACAUAGGUAAGGGAAAAUAGCAAUAAUCAUACUUUUAGUAAAUUGUCAUUUAUCUGGAGAAACACAGUCUGUUUCGCACGAUUUGUAUGAUCGGACUGUCAUCCUACAUUUCUAAAUAACAAAUGAUGCUUGGUAGCAUAAACAUAGCCUACUGCACACGUUAAGAGAUUAAGGGGAAUGGAUGUUUUUAUACUACAGUAAUUGAACCCUGCACAUGUACUAUAUUAAAGCUGUUAUUUAUUACUUUUAGCCUCAGAGAUGCAUGGUACUUCCUGACAGGAUGUGGUGUUUUAUGAUCUGAAUAUUUUUGAAACGUGCACCUGAAAAUGCACUGGAAUAGAGGUCUCCCAUGCAUUUGAUUAGCAUAACAAGGUUUUGGCCAAAAGAAAAAAUAAACUUUCAAAUUA